CAGAAAUUUCCUCUCAAUUUCCCUUCAACAAAGAAAAGAAGAAAGCCACCUCAUGCCUAUGAAGAAAACAGGGCUGUUCGCCGCCUCCGUCGCCGCUGCCUCCGCCACCGCCCUCUCUGCUCCGUCGUCCUCCGCCGGCGUCCUCAAAACCACCUUUUCCCAUCAGGAAAAGGUCAUCAUCAGAGAUGAAGAAAGUAGUCCGUCGAGAAUAUCGCCACCGUCGACGGCGGCGGAUCAAUUCGCUCCGAGAUUCGAUGGGCUGCGAUUCAUUGAAACUCUGGUCACUGCUCAUAGAUGAUAAGCUUGGGAACUGGCGAUAAAUGGGCCAUAUCUUUUUCUUUUCUUUUCUUUUUCUUUCUUUUUUUCUGUAUUAUUAUUAAAAAAAAAAAAAAAAAAA